CGUACCAAGCACACUAAGGCUUGGUCGUACUUUCUGUUUGAAAGGCGAUUAUUUAACGCCACAUUUUUUGUUGCUGUUGUUGUUCCAAUCUCGGUUACAGAUCAGUUAGCUGACUUUGAAGGCAGCAGGGUGCGUGUCGUUAACCCUUAUCCAGCCCCUUAAUGACAAGCAGACCACUGCUCAUCCAAACCUGAAACAACUGGCGCAUAUGUGGAUCACACACACACACACACACACACACACAGUGUGCCGGGACACACGGUGUCUGUACACAGUGGUAUCGCUGAACAGCAUCCCCGGUGCCUCGCACGUCUCGGUCGUGUGCGAACCUGAACGUGAGGGCAGGAAAUAAAGCGCGCUCCUCCGUGACUGGCACAUCGUGCGUAACAGGGAAGUGAGCCUAACCUACUUUCUGCGCUGCUACAAGUUGUCUGCGUCCGGCUCGGCGCUGAGAGUUAGUUUUUUGUCCGCUCGGUUUUCAAAACUCCAGGAGUCCAUCGGGCUUUUUUUUUUGUUUUGUUUUUGUUUGCUUGUUUGUUUACUACACAGGGGCAACGUCGGCGUUUAACUGACCGAUGGAUGCAGGAAGAGUUUGAGGAGGACAUUCGGGCUGGCAGAGGAUUUAUGAGACAGAGGAGGAGGAGGAAGAGGCGACGGACCACAGCGUCUUUUCAAUGCUUUGAAAUCUAUAUCUGACUUCAAGCCCUGCGCGAUCAUGGCCCAGUGGAUACACAUGUCCCAGAAGAUACAGUGCCUGCCUGAUGACACCAUCAACAGCCUCUACCCCCCAUCCGCCUUCCCCAUUGAAGUCCGACACUUUUUAGCUGAGUGGAUUGAGAGCCAAAGAUGGGAUGAUUUUGCGCUGGAGAAGUUGGAGCAGGAGAGCCAGGCUCAGGCUCUCCUGGAUCAGACCAUCAGCAUGCUGCAGUCGAUUGCUCAGCAGAACGCCAACGUAGUGGACAGGAUGAAGCUGAUGCAGAUCAGCAGGAACAUGACCAUGUUUCAGCAGCAGCCUCUCCAGUUUGGAGUGAUGGUCCGGGAUAUCCUCAGGAAGGAGAGGGUUCUGCUCAGCAUGCCUGCCCAGUUGCCCAACCCUCCACAAUACCCACAGCACCCGAUUAGACAGUCCUCGCACCCCAGCAUGCAGGACGUAGACCACCUGGUUCUGAAGGUGCUGGAUGUCCAGGAAAUCCGACAAAAGAUGCACCACCUGCAAGAAGAACUCAACUGGGAGAGGGAGAACUAUGAGGGGCCGAUGCAACAGAAUGGACUGGAUCCCGCAAAGUCAGAAAUCCAGAAACUCCAGAACCGCAUCCAACAACUGGAGUACAAUGUGAAAGCAAUGGCCACGAAGCGUUUCCAGUUGUUGAAGGAGUCUGUGGACUUUCUGGACCAGUGUCAGACCCGAUUGAUUAGCAGACUGAAGGCGUGGAGGUGGGAGCAGCAUAAGGCCGCCAUCGGACAUCCCUUUGACGAGAACCUAAACCCCCUGCAGACCUGGUGUGAACAGCUGCUCGGGGUGAACGGGAAGCUGAGACAGGAAUUGAUGCUGAUAGGAGAACCGAUCCCAGAGCUCCAGGAAAGGCUGGGUCAACUUCUGCAGGUUCUGAUACAAAGCUCUCUUGUAGUGGAAAAGCAGCCCCCGCAGGUCAUUAAGACCCAGUCAAAGUUCUCCACCACUGUGCGAUAUCUGCUGGGGGAGAAGGUGGCUCCCGGAAAGCCUGUGGUGCUGAAGGCGCAGAUCAUUAAUGAACUGCAGGCCAGGAACCUGGGCAGCGUUCCUGGUGAUAAUGUCGGGGAACUUAUCAACAACACAGCCAUCCUGGAGCACAACACGUCCAGCAAGAGCACAUGUGCCACCUUCAGGAAUAUGUCCAUCAAGAAGAUCAAGAGAGCAGACCGGAAGGGAUCAGAGUCAGUGACGGAGGAGAAAUUUGCCCUCUUGUUCUCGACAGAAAUCUCCAUCACAGGCUGUGACGCUCCCUACAGGAUACAGAUGAUCUCGCUGCCGGUGGUCGUCAUCGUCCAUGGCAGUCAGGACAACAACGCUUUGGCAACCAUCAUAUGGGACUGUGCUUUUUCUGAGGCAGACAGAGUGCCGUUCGUGGUGCCGGAGCGCGUGCCCUGGAGGAUGAUGUACAGCACUCUGAACAGUAAAUUCACCUCUGAGGUCGGCACGAAACACAAUCUGGACCAGUACAACCAGCACUUCCUGGCCCAGAAGAUAUUCGACAAACCCGACUUUGCUGACGACUACAGCAACACAAUGGUUUCCUGGGCCCAGUUUAAUAAGGAGGUUCUCCCGGGACGACCGUUCACCUUCUGGCAGUGGUUUGAGGGCGUGAUGGAGCUGACCAAGAAGCACCUGAAGACCUACUGGAGCGAAGGGCUGAUAUUUGGUUUCAUUGGGAAGCAGCAUCUACACCUGAUUCUCAAAGACAGGCCCAACGGGACGUUCCUGCUUCGCUUCAGUGACUCUGAGAUCGGAGGCAUCACCAUCGCAUAUGUGUCUGCUUCUGAGAAUGGUGGACAGAAAAUCCAGAACAUCCAGCCCUUCACCAAGAGAGAUCUCGACAUCCGUAGCCUUGGUGACCGCAUCCGGGACAUCGGCCACAUAACAUACCUGUAUCCUGAAUUUCCUAAACACGAAGUUUUCAAAAAGUUCUACACAGAGCCUCAACUGCCGCUCAACGGAGGUUACAUCCCUGUGUCGCUCCAAACUAAAGUCGGAGCGGAAGCUAGCUCAGCCACACAACCGUCUCCUGGUAUGGCAGCUGUCGGUGACAACUCUCACAGUAAUGUUCUCUUUCCUGUGCAUCAGUUUCAGCCGCCAUUCAGCCAGUCAGAGUCCAUCCAUCAAGAGAUAAUGGAAACGGCUGCAAGUCCUGGUGUGGACUUCAGUCCAAACCCUCCUGUGGUCUACAGUGAACACAUGACCCCAGCCAGCAACAUGGAUCUGGAUUUGGACACUCUCCUCCAGGAUCUGAGUCCUGGAAAUUAGGAGGAUUCCCCAUCAGUGUUGUUUUCGGAGCACAAGGCAAACAUGAAAUAGAGACCAGAGCCAAGCUUGUCCCUGUGACCUUUGAGGAAAGUGAUUCUGUUUGUGCGCACUUUCCUUCACUUUCAUCAUCCGUCUACAGCCUCAUCUACUUUUGAGUAAAAAUCUUGUUGGAGACAAAUUUGAUUUCCCUGGGACUCAACUCGUCGAAGGCAGGAAAUCAUCAUUUUAAGAACAAAAUAAAACUGAGAACGAACGAGAGGGAAGAGCGCUGUCAUGGCUCUCCGUCACCCCGCCCUGGUGGUUGGUUUAUUGAUGUUGAUUGUCUUUGCUUGUCCAUUUAUACACACUCCCAUGUGUUUUGGAAAAUAAGUGACUUACUGUACAGAUUACAGUGACUUUUCAGAGAGACAGCCAAACAUGCAUGAAAGCAGGUGAGAAGUUUAUUAUUAGUAUAACAUUAGAUUGAUUGGAAAAUGAGUUGCCAAUUAUUUUGACAAUCAAUUAAUGGUUUAAGUAAUUUUUCAAGCAAAUUGUCACACUUUGGCUGUCUCCACCCUCUGCAACUUGCAUUUCUCUGUCAUUUAUGAUAGUAAAAGAAAGAGUCUUUGGGUUUUGGGCCGCGGGCUGAAAAAAAGAAGAUAUUUAAAGAUGCCACAUUUGGCUCAGGGAAAUUGCAAUCUGUAUUUCACGCACUUGAUUUUUGGAUCCAGGAUGAAUUAAUGAAUCAUGGAAAAUAGCAGACAGUGUGACGCCCAUGGCCGUGCAGUAGACCAUCAGCUACUGGAGUCCAUUCCUGAGUUUGUGCUUGUUGCAUGUUUUUUGGUCAUGAUGAGGCCAACAUAUAAUAGUAUUUCCCUGUUGUAUAAAACCCUUUGAUGUGAUCGAAAAGCCUGGCUAAGCCUCAGCUAUCCAGCAGUAACACAGUGUGUGCAUGGUAAGUACUUCAUAUAAUGUUUGUUAGACUGAGCUGUCCUGUGACAUAGUAAAGGAUUAGGAACAUGAAUAAGCUUCUCUAUGACUGUUGAUUGUGAUACUACAUCACACUGAUGGACAGAUGGCAGUGGUGGUGAUGAUAGUGGUGGGAACUGCUCAUAUUAUAUCUGUCGACUUAAAGAACUAGUCGUGUGCAUUCUUUGAUAUAUAUAUAUAUUUUUAGAGCUUUUGUCAGUUAAUUUCAGCCAGUGAUUGUUGUCCGUUUUGUAAGAAUGUAUCGAGUCCAACUAAGUGGGAAUCCAUGUUACUGGUUGCAUUGUUUAGAUUCUAUAUUUCUCUGUUUAGUCUACACUUCACUCAUUGGGGUGAUAAAACUGAUAAGUAGUGGUAAGUCAGUAUAUUUACAGACAGUUUUUCCUUCAUUAAGUGCAAAUUCUCAAAUCUUAAGUAACAACAUGUUGUCUGUGAACUCUUCCCUCUUUGUAACCUAUCAACCAAUCAAGUCAAGGGUUUGUAAUGGAAGGUUCUGGUUGCCCACUGCCCACUUUAAUGGAGUCUCGUCUGUUGAUGUGCCAUUUAAAUAUUUUUUGUGUCGUUAGAGUUGUGUAAUCUUAAAGCUUAAAGGAGACAUAUUAUGCUUUUUCAUUUUUCCCCUUUCCUACAGUGUGUUAUAUAUGUUCCUAUGGAUGUAAAAGAUCUUGAAAGUUAAACAGGUCGAACUCCGCACAGAAAACGCUGCUCCGCGUCAGUAGUCUUUAAGCCUGUGACUUUGUGACGGCACACGUCACCAUGUCACACAUUUGCGACAUGUAAGAAUUGAUUUCACACAGCUGUUCUGUUGUGGUUAGCAGCGCUGGCUCAGGCUUGAGCUGAAAGAGAGAGUUUGAGACAGAGGUGGAGUACAGUGCUGCAGCACAGGACAGUAUGAGUAAACCAAUGUUUCUUUUUUUGAGCGUUAAAACAUGUAAACCCAUUCUAGCAGUAAAGAAAUUGUGAACCUGAAAAUCACAUAUCUCCUUUAAAAUCUCUCAGGGCUAAAGUGCAAAAUAAAUUAGCACUCUAAAUGAAAAGUAAAGAUCAGUGUUGUAGUUAAUUGGAAGCAUAAUCAAUUCUGACGGGAGAUGCAGGAUCAGCUUUAAAUCUAACUUUCCUCUGAUUUUAGCAGCUUUUUUCACACCUGAAUGUAUAUAAUAAAACAAUUUUAAUAACUAUUCUUUGGUUUUAUGAGAAGCUGAACCUUCCAUCACAGUCAGUGUUGUUCCUGUAACAAUACGUUGGUGUGUUGGAAGUACCAUGUUGCACGCAUGUUUGCUGGAUGAUAACCUUUAAUAUCUUGUGGAUUGACUUUUCGAUAAAAUCAUUCCGAGGCUACUACUACAAUCUAUGUAAUCUUUUAACCAUUAUGACAAAUAAAUUUUCUUCUUCUUCUUC